AUGGAAACUGUCGUAGUUAAACUCGGCGGCGCUGCCAUUACAGACAAGUCCCUCGCCGACACCCUUUCCCCAAACAUUCAUGGCCUGGUGGAUAAGGUAGUUCAAGUCUAUCAAGAUAAACUGAGACCAUUGGGAAGACGUUUGAUUCUGAUUCAUGGAGCUGGAAGCUUUGGACACCCUCCGGCCAAGAAGUACAAUGUCAAAGCAGGUUGGUUGAGCCCAACAGGAGCGACCGAGGACAAACGGGAUGGCCAUACGCGACAAGAAGAGGAACGGCGUGAUGAAGUCAAGUUUGGCAUGGCACUGACACGGCAACGCGUAUUGCAACUGCACCAUCAUAUUCUGCAACUGUUGCAGGACCGGGGAAGACUGCCAGUUCUAUCAGUGUCCACCUAUGACACGGUUGAGACGGAUCAAGGAGUUUUGACGCAGGAGGGAAGCCGUCGAUUGAUAACCCGGGUGACGAAUCUGCUGACGCAGGGGUUUGUUCCCGUGUUAUUUGGCGACGCCGUCCUGGAUCACGCAUGGGGGGCUACAAUCCUGUCGGGUGAUGCUCUCAUGCAUGAAUUAGCGACGCAUCUGCCUGGCGUGCGACGAUGCGUAUUUGUCACGGACGUUCCUGGCAUUUUUACACAAGAUCCGAAACAGUACGCGGACGCGGUUCUCAUACGGCAAUUACAUUUCAGUGAAUCAGGGGACAGUGCAACGUAUGACGACGAUGCGGCCUCUGGUGUGGACGAUGUUACCGGGGCUAUGCGUACGAAAUGGCAGUGGGCGAAACGCAUCAUGACGGAUGCACACCAGGUGAAUCGAGUCAUCAUUUGCCAAGCUUCGGUUUCAGAUAAGGCUAUAGGUCUAGUUGAUGAACACGACUGCAAUGGCUUGGAUGGUGGUGAUGGCUCUGAUGCUUGGACUACGGUUCGUAGAUAG